CUGUCACUCAAGUGGCAAAAAGCGUUUGCGCAGGCGCUAUCCGUUGAAGGGGCGUGGCCGGAAGGGGAAGUGCUGAUAUUGUUUCACGGCAGCGUGUGCUUUACGGAUGCUGCACGUAGUUGAUAUUUGUUCCUGUAAAAAUGAAUGCGCCGCCAGCGUUUGAGUCGUUUCUACUUUUUGAAGGCGAAAAAAAAAUUACAAUAACUAAGGAUACCAAGGUACCAAAUGCUUGCUUAUUCACACUUAACAAGGAGGAUCACACACUGGGGAAUAUUAUCAGAUCCCAGCUGCUAAAGGAUCCCCAAGUUCUGUUUGCAGGAUAUAAAGUUCCCCAUCCACUGGAACACAAAGUAGUUAUCCGAGUUCAAACAACUCCUGACUACAGCCCCCAGGAAGCUUUUACAAAUGCAAUUACAGAUCUCAUCAGUGAACUGUCCCUGUUGGAAGAACGAUUUAGGGUUGCCAUCAAAGAAAAGCAAGAAGGAAUUGAAUAAAAGCAUUGUUUUGUAUAAAACAUAAAUGUGUGUACCUGUAGAAAGACCUCAUUUUGUGUUGUGAGCAUUUUACUAAAGAUGUUAUAUUUUUAUGUUUAAUUUUUAGAUUUUGUUCCCCUACCUAAUAAGGAGAAAAUUAUCAAGUUAUAGCUUGGCCUUAUUCAAAAAUUGACUAAAACCUAAAUACUAAAUUGUCCUCAUUUUGCUUAUAUAAAUAAAAGUUUGACACUUCUGUA